GCACCGAACGGUGGCGGGACUCGGCCGCGUGCGCUUUCCCGCCCUCGCCACGCCCUGCGCCAUCGGCAAGGCUGUCUCCUGAGCUGUAGGCUUUUUCCGCGUGCUCCUCCUUCUCGGUUUCCCCCCAAGUCCAGGCUCCGCCUGUUUCCCUCCUCCAGGGCAGCCUCAGCCCGCUCCUGUCUUCUCUGCCUCUGCUACUUCUGCUGAAGGAGGAGGCUCCAUGUUGUCCCCUCAGCGAACUGCAGCGGUGGCAUCGAGAGGAGCAGGUGAUGCCAUGGAAAAUGGAAAACCUGGUCCAGUGCAGGUUGUUUUGGUUCAUAAAGAACAACAUUCCUUUGAGCUAGAAGAGAGAGCCUUGGCCAGCAUCCUCCUCCAAGACCAUAUCCGAGAUCUUGAUGUGGUGGUAGUAUCAGUGGCUGGUGCUUUUCGAAAGGGCAAAUCCUUCAUUCUGGACUUUAUGCUGCGAUACUUAUAUUCUCAGAAGGAAGGUGGUCAUUCAGACUGGUUGGGUGACCCAGAAGAACCACUGACAGGAUUUUCGUGGCGAGGGGGCUCUGAUCCAGAAACUACUGGGAUUCAGAUUUGGAGUGAAGUUUUCACUGUGAAGAAGCCAUGUGGAAAAAAGGUUGCAGUUAUUCUGAUGGAUACCCAGGGGGCCUUUGACAGCCAGUCCACUGUGAAGGAUUGUGCUACCAUUUUUGCUCUAAGCACUAUGACUAGUUCUGUUCAGAUUUACAAUUUGUCCCAGAAUAUUCAGGAAGAUGAUCUUCAGCAGCUACAGGUAACAAGAAAUGGUAAUGGGACUAGUGGACAUUUGAGUUGGGCAGCUACUUACAAUGGUGGCAGGACUUUUGCCACACUGAUGUUUUUGAUUCGAGAUUGGAGUUUCCCUUAUGAAUAUAACUAUGGACUGCAAGGAGGAAUGGCAUUUUUGGAUAAGCGUUUACAUGUGAAGGAACAUCAACAUGAAGAAAUUCAGAAUGUGAGAAAUCAUAUUCACUCAUGUUUCUCCGAUGUCACCUGUUUUCUCUUACCACAUCCAGGGCUCCAGGUGGCCACAAGCCCCAACUUUGAUGGGAAAUUGAAAGAUAUUGCUAGUGAAUUCAAAGAGCAGUUACAGGCUCUAAUACCAUAUGUACUAAAUCCAUCUAAACUAAUGGAGAAGGAGAUCAAUGGUUCAAAAGUCACCUGCCGGGGACUGUUGGAAUAUUUUAAGGCAUAUAUUAAAAUUUACCAAGGAGAAGAUCUGCCUCACCCGAAGUCCAUGCUUCAGGCCACUGCUGAAGCCAAUAAUUUGGCAGCUGCAGCCUCUGCCAAAGAUAUUUAUUACAACAACAUGGAAGAGAUUUGUGGGGGAGAGAAACCUUAUUUGUCUCCAGAUAUUUUAGAAGAGAAGCACCUAGAAUUCAAACAACUUGCUCUGGACCACUUUAAGAAGAUCAAAAAGAUGGGUGGGAAGGAUUUCAGCUUCCGUUACCAGCAGGAGCUGGAGGAGGAAAUCAAAGAACUGUAUGAGAACUUCUGCAAGCACAAUGGCAGCAAGAAUGUCUUCAGCACCUUCCGAACCCCUGCAGUUCUGUUCACAGGCAUAGCAGCAUUGUACAUAGCCUCGGGCUUCACUGGCUUCAUUGGGCUUGAGGUUGUGGCCCAGCUGUUCAACUGUAUGGUUGGACUGCUCUUAAUAGCACUCCUUACCUGGGGGUACAUCAGAUAUUCCGGGCAGUAUCGUGAGCUGGGUGGAGCCAUUGACUCCGGUGCAGCGUAUGUGUUAGAGCAGGCUUCUUCGCAUAUUGGUAAUUCUACUCAGGCUGCAGUAAGGGAUGCCGUCGUUGGGAGACCACCUGCUGAUAAAAAAUCUCAAUAGCAUCUUAAAGGGAAGAUCCGACAAGAGCCCAGUCAGCUUCUGGAUUUCUGCCAAUGCCAUCAUGGGUCCAAUUCCAGAGGAAUGGCAGACCUGAGACCUUUCUGGAAGAUCUGAGACAGGGCACUGUAAUAAAUGAACUGACUUCUGCUCUGGUUUCCAACUCCACUUGGCUUGGAAGCAGUUCUUUUUCUUGCUGUUACAGACUCAAGGCUACUCUUUUCUCUGUUCUCUGCUUUUUGCACUUUAAGGGGUGGGGGUGGGGCUAAAAGGAAAACAGAAAUGCAGCUUUUAAGUCUUUGAUGUGCCACAUAGUGCCUUUUCAGACCAGUCCAUCCCUCUGCAGCCAUGAAGGCUAAGGAAUGGAGGGCAACCUCAUGAAAUGUGGUUUUGGAUCAACAUGGUUUUAGUUCUUUUGUACCUUUGAAGAUUUGUCUUUUUAAAAGUUUACACCACUUGAAAAAGGCUCAGAAAGAAAGGCCCACUGAAACGAUGCUUUAUUAUCCUUCAAAAGUUUUCUCCUAGUGCUGCUGAUUGAACCUGUUGCCUGAGUAUGCUAAGCAGUUGCUCUCCCCUGCAGCUGCCCCAGCCCACUUGACUGUGCAGACUCAGGGCUUGAAAUUACUCGAUUCCCCAUGGCUGAGCUUUCCAUCGUCCUCUCUCCCUAAGUUCUUGAGUAGUUGAAUACAGACUUGUGGUACCAUCCUUGCUUCAAAAGCCAUAUUUCUAUGAAUUCUCUUUGCUAUGCAGCAUGAAAGACGUUAAAUCACUUAAUACUCUCUUUCAGAUUGUAAGGCCUUACACCGAGGAGGCUGGCAGUUUUGUUGACAUUGCUUUUUUAUUUUUAUUUCUAUAGCUUCUUUCUAGAAAAGAGGCAAACUAUCCUUAAAAAGCCAGUGGUUCAUAAUAAAAGGAACUAGAUACUCCAUGGUAAAAUUGUAGUUUGAGUGAACUAUGCGACCUCUGGUAAAGUCACCUUGAAUUUGUGUCUUGGUUAGAUUCACUGUACAUUUAUGUCAGCCACAAAAACAGUCGUUUUCAACAGAGAAAAGGCAUGACCAAAUAUUACUCCUUUUAAUUAAUGUUCACUUUCAUUUUGCCUAGCGGUAAUACCAAAUGAUCUGAUCUAAAGUCUCUACCUAAACUGUGUGUGUGUGUGUGUGUGUGUGUGUGUGUUUGUCAUAUGGUGUUUCCCUGGUGUAGACCAGGCAAGUCUUGAACUCAUAGAGAUAUCUGUGCCUCUGUGUACCAUUGUGCCUGGCCCCAAAGUGCUUUUUAUUCUAUAUACUAUCUAAUGUUCAUAAUAUCAAAGCUAGACUGGUAAUUUUAUUUAGUAAGCUUUCCCUUUUUUUCCUCCACCGAAGAAGGAAGUGUACUCAGUCUAGCCAAACUAUUUAAAAUACCUCUUAAGCCAGGUGACAUUAGCACACACCUUUAGUCCCAACACUUGGGAGGCAGAGGCAGGUAGAUCAUCUCUAUGAGUUUGAGGCCAUCCUGUUCUACAGAGUUAAAUUCCAGCAUGGCCAGGGCUAUCCAGAGAAACUGGCUCAAAAAACCAGAAAAUAAAUUCCCUCUUGAUUCUUCUUUUGGUUAGACUAGCAGUUUUAAAAUAAUUGGCUUAGGAAGGAUAAUUGCUAAGAUUCUAAUUUUUGUUUUUUUACAUUUACCUUGGUUAUAUGAUAAAGUUUUAUCUAUUGCUUUUUUUCUUUGACUUGUAGUAGUGAAUUAUUGUGGACCUAAACCUUCUGAAGGUAUAGAAGCCUUGAUUUUGGAGAUAAUGUGAGAUUUUGUUGCAGGAAGGAGAUACAGGGUUUUGGCAAAGCAUAGUGUACAUUUUAUGUACGUGGAGUAUGAAAGGAAGGUAAGAGAAAAGGAAGUCUUCAUUUCAUUUCUCUUUAAUGCACAACUUUCUUGUUAGUAACGGCUUUCCAGUCAAACAUUUAAUGAGUCCUGAAUUAAUAUUAAGUAUUUUAUAUAUUUUCAUACCAUCUCAUCCUGAAAAUAUUAGUAAUUUUUCCUUUUGCUGUGACAUUUGGGAAUGGUUCCAACUUGUUUUAAAACUACUCACUGCUCGUGAGUGAUGGCUGACUGUCUCCCUCCUGGCAUAGUGCAGUUUUCAGGUAAUGUCCCCAUCUGAACGCUUGUAUUGAGUUAUGUACUCCUGAUACUGAGAUAAGGUCAGAGAGGGUUUUGGGGACAGGGCUUUGUUAUAUAGUCUAGGUUGGCCUUUAACUUACUUUGUAGUUUAGACUGGCUUUGAAUUUGAGGUUUUGCUGCCUCAGACUCCCCAAGUGCUGAGCUUGUAGGUGUGUGUCCCAUGCCCACCUCUGGUUCUCUUAAUGGUGAGGAAGAUGAUGCGGGGAAACUUUGCCAUUGCUUCAGUGUUACAUCUGUGUGUGUGUGUUUGUGUUUGUGUGUGUGUUUACAGUGAAUGUUCCAUUAAUUAACUUACUCUGCUCCUGGGACAUGUAUAUAAAGUUUUCUUUGAGGGUUGGCCUGUUUUCUAACUUUAAAUUGUGGAUUUUCUAUUACAAUUUUCAACACAAAAUGCCUUUUUAUGACUGGCUGGAAAUAGUUCUGAGGCGAUUCAUAACUGGUUGAAAGAGUCUGUUAACACCCCCAACCUUUUCUUUGUGGCUCUGGGACAUGGUGAAGGAGUCAGAUCAGUGUCCCUAUAGGUGUUCUGUACAGGCAAUAUUUGUGCACUUCUGUCACUAAGUGUAGCACAUUUAUAUGAUAUAAUGGAGAUUUUAUUAAAAAUAACUCACUUUAGGAAAAGCUAGUUGUUGCCAAAAUGUCCUUGUUUUUGUUUUGGGGUGCUGGGGUGCAUUCACAGGGCUGUGUGUAUGCCAGGUGCUAGCUCUGUGCACCAGGUCUAACACUUUAGUGUGCCUCUUAUUAAAUGGAUAAAAUUACAACUUUGAUUCUUUCACUGAGAAGUCUCUCAUGAUUUAUUGCUUGCUGAUAAAUUUUGAGCAUCUCUUUUAAAGAAUACCAAAAAUCUGUCUCAGAGAUGCUUGUGACAUUUCUGUCCUCUUUCCCUCCCUCUACCCCCUUCUCUUUUUCUUUUUCUAUGCAGCUCCAGCCAGAGGUUUAUGUUUGAUGCCUGCUGUAUACUGGGUCAGGCCUCUGAAUGUUUAUGCUUGAUUCACUGCCUCUCACUCAUUAACACAGACAAGCAUUAUAUUUUCCAUGUAGUUUCUUUAGUAGGUCACACACAGUGGUUGUUACCUGGAAAAUGUGAAUGAGACAAAAAUUCAGUAGGUUAAUAUAAGCCCAAGCAAAAGGAACCCCCCCCCCAUCCCCCAAGUGCCAUGGAAAUAUCAAAAAGACCUAUUUUGUUUGUGUAAGUUUUUUGGAAUAUAAUUGAGUAUGAUUUUAUUUAUUUUUUAAUCAGGUGACCAACAUCUCUGUAUUUUGCAACCUAGCAAGUGGAACCAGUAUGUUUUUUGUCAGGAGUGAGGCCAUAAGCAAGCCUCAUUUAGCAAAGUGAAAAGUAUUCUUGUCUCACGUGGCCUGCUGUAGUGUCUACAGUUGUUUUCAUCAGUUGUACUGUGGCUCCAUCUUCAACACUGGUUCUCAUCUACCUUUUCAUGCUUUAGAUUAAUGUACAGGGUGUACUAAAAGAAAAUGGGACUCUGCUUUGUAGAUAGGGAUUGCUGAAGUGGUUUUGUGCUGUGGCCCUGGGAUCAUCAUUUAUAAACAUCAAUAGGUGAAGGGUGGGUGGGUGUGGGGUGGGGAUGAAUGAUGGAGAAUGAGCUGACCCAUGGAAUGGGAGUACCCAGACAGGAGGGCUCUUCGGCAUUUCUAGCAGCUUUACCUGAGGUCUGCCUCCAGGUCUGCUCCCCCCAGAGUUUACUAUGUUUAGAACCAUCAGGGUAUCCUAAUUCAGAUGAGUGUCCAAGCUUUUUAAAGCUGUCAUAGUGCCUUCUCUUAAUGCCUGCCCUCACACACAAACAGGUAAUUGGGAAAUUUUUUUUUUUAAUUUUGAGAGUCCUCUUUCUCACUCUGAAAAAGCCCCAUUGGGCACUGUGACUUGAAUUCCUACAUCUUUUGUUGUUUUGUUUUGAGAAAGGGUCUCAGAGUAACCUUGUCUGUUCUGGAACUCACCAUAUAUAUAGACCACGCUGGCCUUAAGCUCACAGAGAUCAACUUGUCUUUGCGAAUCUCAAAACCUUUUAUACACAGAAAACCCUAAUGUAUUAAAUACCUAAUGAACAAAAAGGAUGAGAUCAUAACUAUGGAAGUCGUUACCUAUGUACUCCACAGCAGGAACCAGAAAGCUUUCAUGUGCCAGAGCUGGUGUAAUGUUCUGACAAAGGGAAGGUCACAUUAAUGCCCAAACCUUAUAGUCAGGUGAUCAAAAUUGUUAUGAAUGUAAGCCUUACAAGAGUUAAAUCUUGAACAUACACAGUUCUCAAUUUUAUUUUAAAAAUGGUUUGUUAUGCUUUCUGCUAGGUCAUUGCCUUUGAAUGGCUUUAAGACUAUAGUUUUCUUUAAAGCACAAUGGGAAUCAAUGAUGCUGUACAUUUAAUGGAUUAAAGAUCACACCAUCUUGUCACCUGUGUGUGUUGUUACUGUUCUUUCUUGUGGAAGGAUCUAUAGAAUAGAAUGGGGAUUGGUCAGGGGAGUUAGUGACCUGGUCAGAGAUGGUACCACACUGACAUUGAGCCUGGUUAGUGGUGAUCUAGUAAGGCUGUUGUCCAGUGGCUUGAAAGCAGUGACUAGACAGGAGAGUUGUGGACUCACUAUGCAGCCUUGUCACUCAUUAUUGGCUGGACUCAGAGUGGAGUUCAGGCUGGCUUUGAACUCAUAGCAUUCACUAGCCUCUGCCUUAAGAGCACUGGGACUAAGCAGUGGUGGCACAUGCCUUAAUCCUAGCACUUG